AUGAGACUGAUAAGUAAAAAAAAUAUAAGCAUCACUUACGGCGAUCUGUCGCUCACGCUUAAAAAUCAGUCACCCAACCACACCCGCACGCUUUCUUUCCCCGAAUUCAUCGUUGCUUUUUCCCGCUACACUGACGUGAUCUGCACUGCGUUCCCUCAUAGGAGACGCGAGCUGGGCGAUUAUCUCGCUAUCGUGGCAGAGCUCGCUCUCUCCUAUGGGGGCGCGCAUUUUUACACGUAUCACAGACUUUUCUCCGCCAAAUGUGCAAUUCGUAUAGCUCAGUGGAACCAGUGCCCCUACUGGGGAGCAUUGGACACUGAGCUGCAUAACAGGGUUUUUCUGGGCGUCCGCAAUAUUACAUGCGCGGUGUGUCGCUCAGUUGCGCAUACCACAUUAGAUUGUCCCCUAGUCACUCCCUCUCUUCCCCCACGCUCAGCUUCGCCUCCCCAGUCUACCUGCUCUGUUCCGCGCCUGCCAACCCGCCCAGUUCACCAAACCCAAGGGCAACCUGGCAAUUUGGAGGCUUGUAGGAAUUUCAACGCCGGAAGAUGCGUCAGGCAGCGUUGUCGCUUCCUGCAUGUGUGCUCAUUUUGUAGCGGAGCACACGCACGAAUCGUGUGCCCAUUGUCUCAAACGCAGAAUAAAAAACUAAAAAAUUACCUUUCGACUCCCGUGAACAUUUCUUGUUUGUCUUCAGAAUUGUCCUUGCACCCCGACUUUCAAUUCACUGACUAUCUUCUGACCGGUCUCUCGAACGGUUUCAACCCCGGCGUCGUCAGUCUUCCGUCACACAGCUUAAUAUGCCCCAACCUCCAGUCUGCGCUCGCCGAACCAGAGUCAGUCGAUUUCCUCAUUAAAAAGGAGAUCGACGCUAAUUUCAUUAUUGGCCCCUUCGACGCUCCCCCUUUUCCUGCAUUUCGGAUCAGCCCCAUUGGCAUAGCGACUCGUAAAUUCUCUGGAAAAAAGCGCCUCAUUUUCGAUCUCUCGUCACCACACGGCUCUACCUUCCCUAGCAUUAAUAGCCUCAUUCCGAUCGAGGAAUUUUCCCUGCACUAUCAUAACAUCGAUCAAGCCAUCACUUUAAUAAAACAUGCCGGUCAUGGCGCUUGGCUAGCAAAAGUCGACAUCACAUCAGCAUUUAAAGUCAUGCCAAUCCACCCAGACUUCUGGCACCUUUUCGGCAUUCGAUGGCGCAAUAAAUUUUACUUUUCUGUCCGUCUCACCUUUGGCUGCAGAAGCAGCCCAAAAAUUUUCGACAUGUUGUCGGAGGCAAUUUGCUGGAUUCUCUCUAACAAUUAUGCAAUUCCCUACCUUAUCCACCUACUGGAUGACUUUUUAAUCAUCUCGUCUCCCGACUCGUUUCCGGCUGCACAUCUAGCAAAAGUCCAACAGGUUUUCAAAAAUCUCGGCGUUCCCCUCGCCCCAGACAAAACUUCAGGUCCCAGCACGUCCAUCGAAUUUCUCGGAAUUAAAUUAGACUCGCUUAAAUUCCAGGCUUCUCUGCCGAAAGAGAAAAUCGAUAGAACGAUCUUGAUCGCGUCCUCCCUAUUAUCAAAUCCCCGCUGCUCAAAACGCGAGCUUCUGUCUGUUCUCGGCCAUCUAAAUUUCGCGAUGAGAAUAAUCCCGCAAGGUCGCCCGUUCGUUUCACACCUCCUCUCUCUCGCGUCAUCCGCACACGCUUUAGAGGACUCGUUAUCCAUAUCCAGCUCCUGCCUCGACGAGCUGAGCCUAUGGAUAAAAUUCCUCAGACAAUGGAACGGCUUGUCAUUUUUCUACAGUGACAUGGCCUCUUCCCCCGUCGAUAUUCGCCUAUUCACAGACGCCGCCCCUUCCGUCGGUUUCGGAGGCUUUUACCAAGGCCGUUGGUUCGCGUCCACCUGGCCCCCCCAGGUUUUAGAGAUCCCUUAUGCUUUAGCAUCCUCAGCUCACUUUGAGCUAUAUCCACUGGUCGUCGCAGCAUCCCUAUGGGGAAAAGAGUGGUCAGCUUCCAGCAUAAUCGUGCACUGUGACAACGAGGCAACUGUUCAUUGUAUUAACAAAGGCCGCUCCCACUCCCCCGCCAUAAUGCCGUUCCUCAGACGCCUCAUCUGGAUCUCAGCCUGUGACCAAUUCAUUCUAACUGCCAAACACAUUCCCGGAUCAAAAAAUCAGAUUGCUGACGCCCUUUCUCGUUUUGCCUUCCAGAAGUUCAGGCUGCUGGCACCCGAAGCAGAUCCUUUGCCAACACCGGUACCUCCCUAUUCGGAGCUGAUAUUCCAGUUAACCACCCCCUAAAAACCCUCAUCGAUGCCUCUCUAAACUCCAUCAUCCAAGCCGUCUCCCUCAGGACCCUCCAAUCUUAUCUAACUGCAUGGAAAAGCUUCAAGUCUUUUCACCUGGCAUUCAACAUUCCCUUUCCCGA